AUGUGUGACCUAUUUUCAUCGUCUUCUGUUUUCUCCUUUUGCUCUUCGGCUUUUGAGAGGUUUAGUAUGCAAGCUACACUGGGGUUUGCCUUCCCCCAUCCGCAACGAAAACAGCAGGUCUAUGAAAUCUCCAUAACCGUGUUUGUGCCAGCACCGGAGACACGACCCCGCACAGUGGCCAAUUUCUAUUAUAUGUGCACAGGGGAGCUUCCUCCCACGUAUCCCACGUAUGGAGCGGUCGUUGGUAACAAUAACACAGUUUGUGGUGCCCUUCCAUCACUGGAGGCUAUAAAAUCAAAUGCUAGUUUGAAACCGUUCGAGGGGAGUGCGGUGGUACGCAUCGAAAAGGGUGUUGUUCUAGAAAUUGGAAGCAGCACAACAAAAACAAUAUUCGGUGGUUUUACAGAAGAUGAGUCGUCCCCUUUGGCGAAAGAGUCAGCGUCAGUGGGCGCAAGUAAAGCAGCGGCUGGGCGACAGUCAGUAAGCGCUUCAAUGCAGGAGCUGCGAGCGGGGACGCUUCUCAUCGGAAACAUGGGGAUACCCAAUUCCAAUGGUAGCCGCUAUUAUAUCCUCUUACAGGAUGCUUCAGUAAAUGAAAGGAAGGCAGAGUUCAGUCCAUACAAGCCACUCGGUUUUGUCAUUUCCGGUAUGGAGGCACUACAGGCGGCGUGUGCGUCAGUUGCAGUACACCCACGGACACUGGUACCCACGCAAAAGGUGAAGAUGUUGGUAUCUGAGGUUCAUUUUCGCCGCAGCGUCAUGCAACCGGCGGAAGCUAUGGCAAAGCAGAGACUUGCGAAUAUUGCUCCAACGGCCGGUCGUACACGAUGUCGCGACGAGUUCGAAGGGAGUGAAAUUGCAAAGGAAGGACUUGAUAGUAACACGAGUGUUUUCUUUGAUCAUACCCGCAAAUUCCCAUUGUGGGGCAACGAAUCGCAUGGCGGUGCGAAUGGUGAGAGCGGCGGCAAUCUCCCACAGGCUAAGCGACCACGCACCGAAAGGGUUGUUAGUAAUGAUGACGGCAGCGUGUCACUGCGUAAAACGGCGGUAGAGGGCCCAGCGGGCGAGCCAUUUGACUACAUGGCAGCGCAGGAGGCGGUGUUCCUCAAUGAUAUAGAUCUCAUAGCAGAAACCCAAGCUGUUCGACACCGCCGUCGCGCAAAACGGCAGCAAAAGAAGCGAAAACACGCAGGAAGUGGACAGAGUAAGUCGGCGGGAGCGGACAAUAGCAAAAAGGGAAAGCAUGCUGUGCCCCCUUCAGGUGGAGGAAAGGUUCUGCGAAGGCGAUACUAA